GACGCAGGAUGAGCCAGUUCGUGGACCACGGCAUCGUGUCGGUCUGCGGGAGGAUCCGAAACGUCCCCCUGCUGGAGCUGCUGGCGGAAUACAUGGACGCCAAUAAAUGCAUCGACGAGCUUCUCAAACAGCUUGAGGACGAGCGCCGGAAUGUCCGAAGGGAAAAGCUGGCCGUGGCUCGCCUGCAGAGGGAAGUCGCACGGAGCAAGAGCGAAGGAACAAUGCGAGAAAAGCUGAUCCACGAGCUAGAGGAAGAGCGACGCCUGCGACUGGAGAGCGAGAAGCGUCUCCGGGAAGUGACGGAGGAGUCAGAGCUGGGACGGGCGCAGAUGGUUUCACUGCAGCAGCAAUUCUCCAGGAUGGAAGAGACGGUGCGGUCGCUGCUGCAGAAUCAGGGCGUGGUGGAGCAGACCGCGGUGGAUACGGUGGACAUCAUGAAGGCCUACAAGGAUAAACUCUCCGAGGAAGUGCGGAAGCAAUAUGAUGGCCCCGAGGAGAAUGGCUCCCCGCCGUCGACUCAGAUGGAGCCAGACCCGCCCAACGCCGAUCCUGAUGCCAACCAAGCAGAAGAGGACAAAGACAAAACCGUACCCCUUCUGGAUCGCCUCAAGGCCCUGGAGGAGAGGAAUUCUGCCUUGGCCUUGGAGAACGAGAGCCAGAGGGAACAGUACGAACGCUGUCUAGAUGAGGUUGCCAAUCAAGUGGUGCAGGCUCUUCUUACCCAGAAGGAUCUGAGAGAGGAAUGUUUGAAGCUGCGGACUCGAGUUUUUGACCUCGAGCAGCAGAAUCGGGCGCUGGGUAUUCUGUUCCAGCAGCGGAUCAAGCCGGCCUCGGACCUGCUUCUCCAGAAACUCCACUCUCGGAUCAUGGAUCUAUCUGCGGCAGAUUUGCUCCUGGAGCCAGAGAGAAGCAAGGCCUUCUUGCUUUCCAGGAACACAGACUCCCCCUCCAGUGAGGUUCAGUUGAAUGGAAAGGCAGGUCUCCCUGUGGCCAAGUGUCUGAGCCAGCUGAGUCUGACAGCGCCAGCGCCUUUAUACCAACGCAGCAGCUGCAGCAGUAGUGAGUUGUCCCUGUCAAGUGCAUGCAGUGAAUUCUCCAGCGGCUCCUACACCUGGAAUGAUGGACGCUCCUGUGGGAAAAUGUCAUCUCUGACCUGGGAGAAUCGACUGAGCUUGGGUUCGUCAGCCCCGAGUAACAUCUGCGCCUCCCUGGAGGAGCAGCUGCCCACAAGGCGCAAGGAGAGCAACAUACUAGAGGGACUGAGAAAGCUCCAGAGGAGAAAACACAGGAGCUCCUCUGCCUCAGCCAGGGUCUCCAAGUCAGGCGACAAAGACUGCAUGAACUCCAACGAGGGCAUCUACUCCCUGGGUAUCAAGAGUGGCACUAAAGGGGUAUCCAAGCCGACCCGUGUGGGUCGAACUUCAGCUGCUGGAGGGAAGAAGUUCGCUUAUGAUUCGGAUGAUGCAGAUGAUGAGUUGGCACAAUCGGGUCGAGGAGAUAACAUUCCCACCAAGGACAGCUGGUUUAACUGUAAGAGGCUCUCUCGGAGCAUCUCGGACAGUUUGUGUAGCUGGGAGGGGAUGCAGGAGAGUGGAGGUGGAGGUGACGGGAGCAUAGGUCCCGUGAGUACAAAACAUCCGUCUGGCUGUGACUCAAAAGAGCGUCCUGAGAAACUCAUGAGUUUCAUUAACAGUUUUCUUCCCGAGGGAGGGCGGCCAUCAGCUUUUUCUAAACCAUCCUUGCUGCGCUUCCGCCCCUCUGGCCCAGACGUCCCUAAUCACCUCUCUGACGUUGACGAUCCAGAGGAACUCAACUCUGAGUCAAGUGACAUCCGAAUGUCCAUCAGCCAGCUGCAGGAGCAAGCAGAGAGGGACUCCAAGAGGUUUUCAAGAGAUGCCGCCAAGCUGCUCGCACAACAGUGCUUGCGAAGAGAGCAGGGACGCACCCAGUCUGCAGAUGGGAGGCCCAGGCCUUUCAGCCUAAUUAAAGAGCCCAAAGGGGCCAAGUGCACUCAGUCUGAGGAGAGCAUUAUGGCAAUAUUUGAUGCAGAAGGAGAGCCGAUUGAACUUCAUGCUCAGAAGCUAAGAACAGGUGCCGGGCAUCGAAAGGACAUUCAAAGUAGCAAGGUAGUCCCAGAUUACACAGAACUAGUGCCCCAAGAGAGGCCGACAAGGCAAAAAUCUGCAAAUGCAAGAAACUACUCUGUUCUUGAAUCUCCAGAGAAGCCAUCUGAAUAUCAGAUUAGGUCGAGCAAAACAAGCAAUAGUAGGGAGGGCAGUGCAGAGAGGCUGUCAAUGCAGCUGACUCCACAAAGAAAACUCAUCAAACCACCAAGCAGCCGACUAAAUAAAGGCCACUCCAUCCCCCCAAUAAUGGAUUCUGCUGCUCCUAAGUCCAGUGGUUCAAAGAUUCCUGGUCGUAACAAACCUUCAGGAUCCCCACUGAGGGUGUCUAAGGGUUCUUCCACUGAACCAAGCAACAGUGGAAACUCAGGAGCCUCAGGUCAGGAGAAAUCCCCUUCCUCUCCUGGAGUUAAAAUGUCUAGAUUCAUCAAGACACCAGGAACCUGCACACAGAGCCCAAAGGCAGUCAACUCGAAGCUCCCAAGCAGGGCUGAAUGGAGUAAGGGCUCCUCCUCCAGUUCCCCACACCUCUCAAGGAGGCACCUGGAGUACGCUGACAAUGGUGAACAGCCCACCAGAGACAAACACUGUGAAACUGGCAAAAACAAACUCAGGUCCCCUUCUCCUCCCCCUCCCCCUGGUCGCACCACCUCCUUACUGAUCAGACCAAAUUACGAAGGGUCGCCUCAAGCACAUAAAACAUGGGUGGCUCAAACAUCCACACCAACCACUGUGAGGGGCCCUCCCCCAAGUUACCACACCUCACUUUUACCAAAUAUGCAAACGACGCUGCCCAUCAAGGAUAAAGACUGUUUAGACUUGGAUGCAGGCUACGGGACUGCACUUGCACCUCAGAAACUGGUUGAGAAAACCAGUCAGCACCUUCAAAAGUCCCCCGCCAUGACUCAGACACCUACUAAAGGCACUUCCAAGAGGAUGACCACGAAAGACUACCUCCCUUCUGUAAACUCAGGGUGUGCUCCAGAAACUGAAAAUGCACCUAAAAGCUCAAAGAAUGUCCCUCCUCCCUACAGUGCCCUCAGAGGGUCCUCACUUCAGAACUCAUUUGCAAACAAAAGAGGAUCGACCCAUGAAAAUGUCCAUCAGACUGUACAGAAGACCUCUGUUAGUUUACCUAUAACACUUCAGGACACUCCUCAAGGUAAAACAGACACCCAAAAUGGUAAAGCAGUUGUCAGCCCACCCAGCUCAGUCAUGCUUUCCCCCAACGCAGCAGAAAAAGCAAAGACUCGCAUCCCAAUGGGGUUUAAAGCUUUUUUAAAAUCCCCCCCCAGCCAUAAAAAUAGUCCUUCUAUACCAGGAAAGCAAGAGAAAGAUCAUAUCAACUCAGUCUCCAAGGAGACUGUGACUUCAAAUGCUUCUACCCAGUGUGACAGCUUGCAGCCAGUCUACAGUAUUGAUUCACCACAGAAGAUGCCCAUUACAGAGGGUAAAGGUGACGUCCAGUGUAGGUUAAUGGAAGAAGAAGUGCACGAUGUUGUGUUACCAGAGGAGGGGGAGGUUUGCGAUAAAGGGAAAAGGAGCAGUCAACUUUUCUCUAGAUCCAUAUCUGUUACUACCAAACCUCAUUUAAAGCCGGCCUUGGGGAUGAACGGCGCCAAAGCCCGUAGCCAGAGUUUCAGCACCAACUACAUUGAGAAACCCAACAUCAAUGUACUGGAUGGACCAGGAAAAAUCCGAACUCAAAUCAUCACCAACUCAGGUGAAAGGGGGAACUCGUUGUCAAGGCAGAGUUCCUUGGAAGUACCAAGUGUUGGGUUGGCGGAGAGCCCUGUCCAUUCCCCUAGGACGAGGCUUAGCCACUAUGGAGGCAUGACUGGGUCGAAUAGUCACAACGUCCUCCCUGAGAGAACGAUUAAAUCAGGCACUAAAGGAGAAGGGCCACAGGGGAAAGAGGUCCGUAGCUUACCCAUCAGUGAUAGAGUUGGUGUGAACAACCUUCGGAAGCCGGCAAAAGUUGCAUCUCAUCCACAAUUUCAGCCUCAAUCCUCUUGUGUCUGUAGCUCAGAAAACCCUGUGCGAGAGACAGGAGGUAUAGAAGCCACCCCUAAUGAGCUGGACUUUAGCAGGGAAGUCAAAUCUCAAACUGACUGUGCAGAUACUGAGGAGAAAAAAAUCAGCCCAACAGCCUGCACUAUUGAAGAGAAAGUCAUGAUGGGAAUAGAAGAGAAUUUGCAGAAAUGUCAAGAACAGGAGAAGGUCGCUGCCAGCGAGACAAAACAAAAAACGGGCCCCUCUCUGGCAAACUGGUUCGGCCUUCGCAAGAGCAAGCUCCCAGCUCUGAGUGGUAAGAAAGCUGACUCCCCCAAAGGAAAGGAAGAGAAGAAAGAGCUGAAGAUCGGGUCCGUGCUCGGAGGCAAGCAGAUGAAGUCCGACAAGAAGAAGGAUAAGAAGAAAAAUGAAAACCAGCAGACAGACAGUCAGGAGGUGCAGAAUCUGUCUGAAAUGAACAACAAGCUGAGCUCCAUCAUGGACCACUGCAACAAUCAGAUGGGUCAGAUCGCCACUCAGAUCCAGUGUACCACAGCCUUUAUCGGCAAAGACCAGUUUGUGAAAGAGCUUCUUGGCAGGAGUGCUGUGAAGGGCAACUGUGUGGCUGCGUCGCCGCCUGGGAUCUCCACGCCCAAGAAACACAGCGAAAUGAAGGGAGAUAUGGAGAUCUGUCCAGAUACGGCUACCCUCAUAAUGACUCAGAAGAUCAACCUGAAGGCUGAAAAUGAGGAGGGGCGCAUCCCAGACACGGCUUGUCAAGACCACAUGAUAGGCUCCAGCUGUCAAAUGAGAACCCUGGACAGCGGGAUCGGCACCUUCCCUCUCCCCGAUUCCGUCACCCGGGCCAGCGGUCGCCACAUCCCCAAAUCUGAAUCCAGUCCUGAUGGGGUGACCGCCGGCUCCUCCGACCUCGAUCGGGAGCCUCCCUCUUUUCACCCAGACCCCUCACAACCUGAUGUGAAAGUGCCUUCCCUCCCAAAAACCCGCCCGCAUGCCCCCACCAGCAUGGGUCACUCCUUGUCCGAUCCCAGUGUGACCUGCAGCAACAACGCACAAGACACCCAGAGCCGCCUGCCCAAAUUAGCAUCUUCAGAUGCAAUCAGGACAAAGAGGUUGAGUCUUUGUGCUCCACGCAGCAACAUCUCCACGGAGGACAAAGAGAAGGAGACAGGGAGGAAGAUGAAAUCCCAGGACCAUGAUAUGCCCGGUGAAAGAGCCCUGAAAGUGUGCACGUACUCGGGGAGCAGCAGCGACACAGAGACUGAACCCGAAGGAAUGGGAAGCUCACCGCAACGAACUCUGAUCAACAGAUCGAAGAAGGUCGACUCAGUGGACCAGAACGAGGAGACCCUGAAGAGAAGCAGUGUGGAGAAACCCCUGUCGAUCAUGGACUACUACCAACACGAUAUGUAUUCACAUCUGGAGAAAGACAGCAGGAGGAUUUCCCAGUACAACUUGUUGCACAAGGAGUCAUCCCUGGACGGCAAAGCAGGAGACAGACUCAGUAUGGAGAUUCCCAUGGAGAAGACGGCCGUCGGGGCCCCGCCAGGCUCUCUCGACUUCUCCUUAGAGUCCCUGAACCAGCUGAAUCACAGCAGCUCCAGCAGCGGCAGCCUGUACCCGGACACGAGCUUGGGCAGCCGCAGAGGCGACUGCCACGCGGACGCAGGGAAGAGCGGGGAGGACUGCUGCAAGGCUGACGAGCCUUCCUCCUCCAGCUUCUCCAGCAAGCCCGGGGCGGAUCCCGUGGGCUCCCUCAGCGACUCGCUGUACGACAGCUUCUCCUCCUGCACCAGUCAGGGCUCCAACGAAGUGUAGGGGCUGCGAGAAAGAAGGCAGGGCUGUAGCGUCCAGGUUUUCAGACUCUCGGACAAGUUCUCGGCCACUUUUUCUUAUCAAAUUCUCUUAUUCUGGGGGGAUUUUCAGGUAUAUCCAUUGGACUUUAAAAUCCCCUAUAAGCAUUUGCUACUUAAAUACUUCAACAGGCCUGUUCUGGAUCUGGACUACAGCCCUGCCACAACACAUAAAACACAACACGAAGCACUUAACGGAGCAGGAGACAAGGAUUUUUUCAACCUCAACCCAAACACCAAACCAGGACUUUUAAUAGUUUGACUCUGGGUGUGGUGAACUGGACAGCAAUACACAAAGUUGUCUCAUUGCAAUUUUUCCUCCCCCAUGCUGGGGAUCUUCUUAUCAUUGCACUGUAACAAAUACUGUACAAAGUUUGUAAGGAGUGUAAAGUGAAUGAUCAUUCAAGCAGAGAUAAGCCGGGCAUCUCCUGGGGGCGUACAGUCGCAACAAAAUUGUUGCUUUGAUUGCAUUCCUGUUUGCUAGGAAAUUAGAUUCAAACCUAAGGUGUCAUUUUAUGUUCUGCUGCUAUGUACGCUGCCCUCUGAAGUUGCCCAAAUAUGUUGAAUCAUAUUAAUACCUGGUUCAUCUUUGUCUAUCUUUGAAGCAAUAUUGGUAACACUUUCUAUGACGCCCAUGUUUAUAAUGCAUUAUAAACAUACUUAUAUUGCGUUAUAAUCAUACAGCACUGUGUGAUUAUAGUCACAAGCACUCAUGAAGAGCAAUAAUGCUUUAUAACAAUAAUCAUAAGCAUUUUAUAAUGCCUUAUAAGGUUGAGUAUCACAGUUCUUCAAAAAUGCUGUAAUUCUAAUACAUAUAAUAGUUAUAUGAUGCAUUAUAAUCACUGUAAAAAUGCAUUAUAAUGUGAUAAUAUUGGCAUAAGCAUGACACAUAGAGCCUUUUAUAAUGACUUACUAUGUCAAGUAUCAAAAUGCAAACAUUUUUGCAUAGUGUAUUGCUAUGCUCAUAGAUUUAAUACAUUAUAUUCUUAGAACAAUGCAUUAUAAUGCAUCAUGACAUUGGUUAUAAUGUAUUAUAAAAGUAAAUAUAAUGUAUUGCAACUAUGAGGAUUAUAAAAUGAUUCAUAAUGUGUUACUGACUCUUGUUAUAAAGCAGUUAGAAUUAUUAUAUGUGCUUAUAGCUUUAAUUUGACAGUGCUGUAAGCCGCAUUAUAACUACGUUUUUAAUGCAUUAUAGACUUUGGCGUAGUAGAAAGUGUCUUUUUGUUUAAUUUCUGUUCAAUUUAAAUCAUUUUAAGGGUAAAGCCUGUUGCCAAUCUCGUCUUUGUGUGUUAUAUUGAGCAGCUAUGCAGCUGAUAACAGAAAAAAAAAGCAGAAAAUUGUGCAAAAAUGUUCUUCAAAUGACAUGAAAAUGAUCGCAAUACUGCUUAAAAUACUCUUUUUUUAGCAUCUUCUGUUUCCACAUUAUACAUGAACUAACGAGAUAAUUUUCAGUGUCUGACUGGUACACGGGGUCAGCAAACGACCAGCUUUUUGGCUCGAAUGCACCCAGUGUCAUUGUUGGUAGCUCAGGGAACAUACUGGACUAAUGUAGAUUGUAGGAAUUAAACUGCAGCCAUCAGGAAAAUGUCAUAAACACAAAAAACACUCUUCUGCUUUUUGAGUUCCUCAUGCAAAACUCCAGCAUCCAAACAGCCUAGUUUAUGUCUCAUGUAGCGUAGCAUACCUGAACUCUCCAAACCUCAGUUUUCCUUUCAUAGGUGUAUAUUAUGUUGUAUAUAAAAAAUGCUAUAAGUUAAUAUCAGAAUGGGCAUUGCUGAUUGAUAUAUGCAAAAAAAACAAAAAAAAAAGAUGUAAAUUGUUGCCAAUCAUUCAACCAAGGUUUUAAGUCUACUGUUUGAAAAUGGCAUGUAUCUUUUUUUCUUAUGGAAUUCUUUAGGGGUUCUUGUUUAAAGGCGAAAUCUUUAUUUUGAUCGAUAAGAGCUAAUACUAAAAUAUUUUAUCACUUUAUUUUAAAGACAUAUUUGAACUUUUAGGUGAAGUUAUGCCAAAUUUCUAUCUGGAAUUUGACCAGCUGGUGCUAAUCAACAGAGCCGACUGUGUGUUUCAAUUUUUCUAUGAAACUGUUAAUAUUGUAUGAAGAGAGUCUGAACAGGACUUGUGUAUUUUUCUAGAUGUCCAGUAUUUAUACCCACAUUUUGUACUGUCAGACUGUAGUGUGAUUGUCAUGCUUCACCUCUCUCCUUAAAUGUUCCUUUGUAAAGAGAAAUGGUUACCAGCAGUGUUACUUUGGUAAUUAUUAUUAAUGUUAUUGUUAUUAUUAUUAUUACUGUGUGCAAUUUUGUCUGUUACACCAGACUUUAAUGCUAUAUUUUAUGUAACUAUUUCCUAAAUAAAUAUGAGAAACUAUUUCCUAUUUCAAAUUGAA